AAAAAGAAGCAGCAGCAGAACAAGAAGCAGAUGAUCUCUGUUCCUGUUUAUAUUGUCAGAUGUGAAAGUGAAGUUGAGAGAGAAGGAGGCAAGGAGGACUCAGAUCAUCUGAGGGAUGUGAGCUCCGGGUCCCACAGUCUGGUCCCGAACAGACAUGGACGAGAUCAGUCCUCUGUUGGGCAGCCAACCACAAGAGAGCCCAGACCUCCUGUCUCCGAACCUGAGGCCCAGACACCAGGAGCUGAUCCCAACACCGUGUGGACCGAUAAAGUCCUGGUCGGAGCUGUCAUGUCUGCUGAAGCUCUACUUCUGCUUCACCAUAGCGUCUCUGUUGGCGCUGCUCGGCCUCACGCUGAACAGUAUCUACAAGCAGCGCAUGGAAACAGACGUGUCCGACGAGGACAACCUCACCGUGUCUCUCAUCCAGCUGCUGUCAAUACUGUUCUGUAUCUACUACAUCAGCCGUGGCGUGCUGCAGGAGAACAGACAGGAGCUGGUGGCGUUCGUCCUCAGCGUGUUGGUGGUCAUGAUCCGAUCGGUGGUCAACUUCUCCGUGCAGGGGUCAAAGGGCAAACAGGAGCUGCUGGUUCGUUUUGUGUGCAUCAUGUGUCUUGGUGUGGUGCACGUUUUCUGCACCUCGCUGCUCAUCCAGAGGCCCAACAUGAUGGCGUUCCGUGUGGGCGGGGCCUUGGAGACCCUCCAGGAGCAGUACUUCCUGCUCAACCUGUGUUUCUCCAUGGUGACCUUUGACCUGCAGGCUCAGUUGUGUCUGUGCAUUCUGAUCACGACGUCGGACUCGGCCAUGUUUGCACGCAACAGCAUCAUCCUGGGUGUCGGAGUGGUCUGGGCCUGUCUGACUGCCGCUGUAGGAGCUGUCGCAGUUUUAAAGGAGGCCAAGGUCCUGGUUUGGGUCUUCAUGGUGCAGAACCUUCCUCAAGUCGCCUUCUUUGUUUAUCUGAUGUACACGGUGGCAGUGAAAUGGUUCGCGGACAACACAUACACACUGGAGGCAGCUGCUGUCACCGGAGCUUUGAUUUCACUGGUGAUUAAACUGGUUUUAUUCUGGGGCCUCAUCAGGCUGGUGCACAGCUUCGGCCAAGGCCUGAGGGAGAGAAUGUUUGCAGCCAGUAAGUGAUAAAACACGCAGCGGCCGUGGACCAAGGACACAGCUGCAGAUGAGGGCCUGACAUUAAGAUUUAUCUCUGAGGAGCUCCAGUUUUUAUUCAACAGUAACUCCACCACAAUAAUCAGUCUGAUGUUUCCUGUAUAGUUUCUAUUUUAUUCUGCUAACGUGUCUUUGGUCAGUGUGCCUCUCGUUUAUUUUACAGGAUGUAAAAUCAGCUGUAAGACUGAAAUCAAACAGUUUUAUAUGAAACCACAGGAGAUGCCUUUGUAGCUUGGAUACACGAUAGUUAUUAACUGUUCUCUGUGUAGACACCAAAGUUUUUAAGUGGCCAACAUGCUCCAUUUAAAACAGAGUUCUUAUCUUAAAAGGGUUUUUUGUGUCGAAGUUGACUGACUUUAGUUUGCUUUUUUAAAUCGUAACUUAAAUCUUGUGAUCUGCAUUGUCUUGGCUCCUUUUUUGGGCGACUGGAAUAUUUUUAUUGACAGAAUUUUUUUUACUAAACUUUCUGCUGCACCUUA